AUGGUUCUACUUUUUGAAAAUUUACAGGAAGCCAAAAAGGGGAACGGAGUUUCUGUUUUGAGAAUUUACUACCUCAAGUCAGCGUCCAGGUAUCACCACCACUUCGCCCUACUCUGUCACCACUCCAGACACAGAGGAGCACUGCGGAUGACGCGCUUGGAGAAUUGCAGUGUCGCAGCGGACUUCCUCCUUGUGGGAUUCAGUGACCACCCCGAGCUUCAGCAUCUGCUUUUAGCGGUGUUCUCCUCCAUUUACUCUGUCACCGUGAUGGGGAAUCUUGGCAUGAUUUUGCUAAUCACAGUCAGCCCGCACUUGCACACCCCAAUGUACUUUUUCCUCUGCAUGCUGUCCUUUGUGGAUACGUGCUACUCCUCUGCCAUUGCCCCCAAAUUACUGGCGAACUUGAUUUCUGAUGAGAAGACCAUUUCUUACCACGGCUGUGCUGCCCAGUUGUAUUUUUUCUGCUCUUUGGUUGACACAGAAUCUUUCCUCUUGGCUGCCAUGGCUUACGACCGGUACAUAGCGAUCUGCAACCCCCUGCUUUAUACUGUCAUUAUGUCCAAGAGGGUCUGCUACCAGCUCGUGCUUGGAGCAUUUCUGGGGGGCACUAUGAGCUCGAUUAUUCACACCACUAACACUUUCCUUCUGGAUUUCUGCUCCAAGGAAAUAAACCACUUCUUUUGUGAUAUCUCCCCCCUUUUCUCUUUAUCCUGCACUGACACAUACAUGCAGGACAUAAUUCUGGUGGUGUUUGCUAGUUUGGUGGAGGCUAUUUGUCUUCUAACAGUUCUACUUUCUUAU